GGCGGGGCGGUGCUUAGCGACCAGAUCGCAGCGCCGAUCUGCUCCCAUCCUGACCGGACCCGCGGCGCCCGCCGAGCGUAUAGGCAAUCAUGAGUGAUCGAAAGGCUGUGAUCAAGAAUGCAGACAUGUCAGAAGAGAUGCAGCAAGACUCUGUGGAAUGUGCUACACAGGCACUGGAGAAGUACAACAUCGAGAAGGACAUUGCUGCUCACAUAAAGAAGGAAUUUGACAAGAAAUACAAUCCCACCUGGCACUGCAUCGUGGGGAGGAACUUCGGCAGCUACGUGACUCACGAGACCAAGCACUUCAUCUACUUCUACCUCGGCCAAGUGGCUAUUCUUCUGUUCAAGUCUGGUUAGACCCAUGGACUGUUACUGAAACUUGCACCUGGUUCCAGGACUGCACCAACUCCAGACAGCCUCCUACCUUCAGCCUUCCUGAGGAAACAGACCUUCAGGUCUUUUGUUGUAUUGUUCAUGGUCAGGGAUUUUGCUGUAGCAGCUGUUUUUUUUCAUUGUGGCUAUAAAAAUGGCAAAAAUGUCUUCCUUGUAUUUAUUUUCUUUCAAAAGAUGGCUUCUUUGCUAAUAAAACUGUUGGAACAAGUUUA